UUGUCCUCCCUAUAGGUCUCACAUUUUUCUUUCAAGUCGAAGGCAGUUGACUUACGAGACAGCGAAAGAGAGAACUUCUCUAGAGUACUUCAGAUUUCUCUAGAGAUUUCUUUCCAAGUGUGGGAAGUUGGGAUUUGGGGUUUUGAGUUUGGAAGUUUCAAGUUUAAAGGGAUCUCGAAGAAGAGACGAGAGACAACAUGGCGGUGGAUUGCGAUGCUAAUGGUGGGCGAGCCAGUCGUACAGCUUUCCCGAUUCGAUAUUUAAUGGCCAUUCUUGGUUCUAUGGGGUUGGCUAUUAUCUAUGGGUUCAAAGUUAACGUAAGCGUUGCCAUUGUAGCAAUGGUAAACCAUACUGCGGUUAAAUUGUCCAGCCAGUCUCAGUUGAGCCAUGACAAUUCAUCCAUUAUGCCUACUGCUGAUAUAUGUCGUCAUGAUGACGGCAAUAACAUCACAAAACUAGGGAACGAGGACGGUCCCUUCGAAUGGAACGAGCCUCUUCAGGGUCUCAUCCUGUCUUCGUAUUUUUGGGGAUAUUUAGUAUCUCUGAUGCCUGGAGGAAGAAUGGCCGAGCUUCUUUCUGCAAAAUGGGUGAUGAACUUUUCGGUGCUUUUGAACGUCAUUGCUUCGAUAUUAUCACCGGUCGCAGCGCAAUUGCACUAUUCGCUCUUCAUCGUCAUGAGAUUUAUUCAGGGAAUCGGCGGUGGCGUGUCAUUUCCUGCAAUGCAUGUAAUGAUCGCAAAAUGGGCUCCACCAAAUGAAAGGAGUAUUCUUGUUUCUAUUGUUUACGCAGGAACUGCACUAGGGACGGUCAUCUCGAUACUAUUAUCAGGGCUAUUAGCUGCCAAUUUAGGGUGGGCUUGGAUUUUUUAUAUCGAAGGUCUUUUGUGUUUGAUUUGGUGCGCUGGGUGGUGGCUGAUGAUAGAGGAUUCCCCUGAGCAACAAAAAAGAUUCAUUACACAGCAGGAGAAAGAUUACAUUGCUAAUGCAUUAGGCCAAUCAAAAUCCAGUGGACACCAUAAAGCGAGACUACCAGUUCCCUGGAGGCGGGUGUUCACCUCUCCUCCGUUUCUGGCUAUUUUGAUCGCUCAUUUUUGUAGCAACUUUGGCUGGUACAUGCUGCUCAUCGAAUUGCCUACGUAUAUGAAUCAAAUUUUGAAAUUUGAUAUGAGCUCGAAUGCUGGGCUUUCUGCAACGCCUUUCUUAUGUAUGUGGAUUGUUACAAUGGGACUGAGCAAAAUCCUCUCAAUAAUGCAAGACAAACAAUGGAUAUCUGUUACCGUUUCAAGAAAAAUUGGAACGUUGAUUUCCUCCGUGGUUCCGAUGAUUUGUCUCAUAGGAGUCUCAUAUGCCGGUUGCAAUCGUGUAUUGGCAGUUGUAUUAAUGACGAUCGGAGUAGCAUGCAUCGGUGGGAUGUAUUGUGGAUUCUUGGCAAAUCACAUAGAUAUUGCGCCGAAUUUUGCGGGAACCUUAGUCGCAAUCACAAACAGUUUUGCGACUAUACCUGGAUUCCUUGUUCCUAUUUUUGUGGGGAAAUUAACCCACGGAAAUCAAACGGUCGAGGCGUGGAGAAUCAUAUUUUUUGUAACGGUAGGUUUGUAUUUGGUAGAGAUUUUGGUGUACACAGUACUUGGUACAGGUGAGGAACAACCUUGGAACAAUGUCGAGUCGUCCGACGAAGAAUCACCUGAACAGGCGUUACCUCUGAAAAAUGAAAAUACAAAAUGAUAUUCGUAGAUUUUUUAUAUUACUCUUAUUUUAAGUAAAAUAUAGAUAUUUUAAUAGCAAGGAACAAGUAUGUUUGUAAAUGUAUUUGUUGAAACCGGAUGUUUAUGAUAGGGUUGUUAGCACGAACAGCUAUACUGGACUUAAGUUAAAAUUGUAUGACAUCUAUGUAUAA